GCUGCACAUUAUACUGACAGGCAACUGAUAGCACCAUGUAUCAUCAGACAUGAUAGUGGUUUUAUUGUAAGGAGAUUACCAUUCUGCUCCUUAUAACUAGCAACAGACUCGAUCGUGGAUUUGGGCAAAAAAGAUCUCAUUGAGAACUCAUUACGAAUAAGGAUUCACGGGUGAUUGUAUAUGAUUUAGAAAUGAAUUGGCAUCGGAUCAUCCUCGUGUUCCUAAUGACUCUUCUCAUGCAGUACAGUAAUCACAUGGUCAGCUGCGUCAUAACAGAUGUACAAUUAAUUGGAGGUCCAGCAUCUAAUAAAGGUACAGUAGAGGUCAAGCAAGAUGGCGGCGAUUGGGAGACGACAUGUGGAAUGAAUCUUGACAUUAAUGAUGUCAUCGUCAUCUGCAGACAGUUAGGAUUCACAGGAGCAAGCCUAGCAGUGAAGACCACACCUUAUGGACAGAAUUCAAAUCCUGUCAUUGGGUUGGAUUGUAACGGAAGAGAACAUCAUCUUGGUUGCUUCGAGGGCGGGACAGGUAAUGAUAGAGUAUUCACCGGUGAUUAUAUGACUCAAGUUCCAAACAUGACCAUUUCGUCUUGCAUAAAUUUCUGUAACCAAUCAUCUGAUGCGAACUAUACAUACGCUGGCGUUGAAAAUGGAAAAGAAUGUUACUGUGGUGAAGCGAGUGAUAACUAUACUAGACAUGGAAAACGAUCGGACGAUCAAUGUCAUGUUGCAUGUUCAGGAGACCCCACGGACAGCUGUGGUGGGGCAGGACACAUAGCUGUAUUUAGCAGUGAGUAUCAUUCUUGA